CUUUUCUUUUUUUUCAAAUGAUCAUGCCUGGUUCCCUUUGCAUGUUUCAUCCAGACUCUCGCUCCUGUUGACAGGACGUUCAUUUCUUCUUCGACGAUAUAUCGUAUUUUUCUUUUCUUUCUACACCUUCCUUAAUCGCUAAGUUCGGACGAUGCCACUCAUUAUCAGGCAAGGGGGCGGAGGAGGUGGAGGUCCUCCAGGGUUUGGAAAAGGAUUUGGACCACCAGGGAAUGGAGGGCCUCCUGGGUUUGGACCUGGGAAGGGUGGCUCUGGAGAUUCUCAGGGGUCUGGCGGAGGGGGCAAUGGAGGAGGUGGCAAUGGAGGAGGUGGCAAUGGAGGAGGAAACAAUGGAGGAGGUAACAAUGGAGGAGGUAACAAUGGAGGAGGUGGCAAUGGAGGAGGUAACAAUGGCGGAGGUGGCAAUGGAGGAGGUAACAAUGGCGGAGGGCCUCCUCCCAACUUUGGAAAAGGCGGAGGAGACGGAGGAGAUGGAGGGAAAGGAGAUGGCGGGAACGGAGGUGGUGGUUCUCCUCCUCCAGCAAAGUCAAGCCCGCCGCCUCCGGCAAAGACUGGCAACGCGCCGUGCCCCGGGGCCGACGGGUCCGCCAUAGGCACAUUCCAAAAGUUCAACCUUCUUUGCGGCUCGACCCUAUCCGGAGAUGUCCUCGACACGCGAGACGCGACAGACCUCACGACGUGCGUCGACAUGUGUUCCUCGUUCCACCCAAGGUGCGAGGGCGCGACUUUCGACGGGAAAACGUGCAAACUGAGAGCGAACGUCAAGAAAGAUCAAGCAAGUUCACAAUCAAACACUGAUGCGGGAAUUGCCAUAUUCCCUACAGCAUCGUCCAACUGCCCAACGCUCGGCGGGUCGCAGACCAACAACAACGGCAAAUUCGACACCUUCUGUAACGUCAUCGUCAACGGCAAGGACAUAAUUCAGAACUUUGCGCCGACCUUCCAAGACUGCAUGGGUCAAUGUGCGGGAACCACCGGGUGCAACGCCGUAUCCUUCGACGCCAGCAUGGCGGGCGGGUUCAAGAAUUGCUACAUGAAGACGGGGGUGGUAGCGAGCGACAACGUCGCGAAUCCGAACAGCGAUACCGGCAUCUUACGGCAGGAAGCCUCUGACGACGGACCAGCGCCGGUGCCGGUGCCGGUGCAAACAGCCGCUCCGGCCCCCACGCUGGUACCAAUAGCCGUCCCCGACAGAGCAUCAUUCUUCACACCACCGGCGAGCGUCAAGGGUCCCGUGACCACCGAGACCAUUAUCUCAAUAAUCACCUCGGUCUCCAUCUCCUCGAACGUGGCCGUCACGCAGAUCCUCACCAUUCCCAUCACCACCGAAAUCCCCCUCCCGCCCGACAACAGCGCCACGCCCAGCGAAAUGACAUCACCCUCAGACCUGGACUCGGCGGCGGCACUAGGCGAGAGCGGCUCGCAGGCGUGGAUCGCGGCCCCGGUAGUGGGCAGCGUGGCGGCGCUGGUGGUCAUCGCCGUCAUGUUCAUCAUGCUGGGCAAGCGGAGGCGCAACGGCGGCGGCACUGGCGGCAGCGCCCGAAGCGGCAGAAGCGGCAGAAGCGGCAGCAGGGCCGGCCCCGCGCCGCCGCCGCCGUCGUCGUCGUUGUCGUUGUCGUCGCUGUCGUCGUCCAUGCGCAACUUCUUCACGUCAUGGCUGCGGCCGGCGCGGUCGGGCAAGACGGCCAACUUCUCGUCCGUCACGGGCAAAAAGUUGCCCCCGCCGUCAAAGAGCAGCAUGUGGUCCGGCAUGAUCGGGUCCUGGCGGCCGGGCGGCGCGGAGAGGCUGGACGACAUAGAGGAGAGCGCGGAUCGGACGGAGAAGGUGCGGGAAAGCAUGAACGGGCUGGGGCUGAAUAGGGUGGGUUGAGGGGAGAGCUCUAUUUUCUCUUAUGCAAUUUCUUCUGCCUAUCCGGCGACGAGGGUGUACAUGGCAUGGUAUCAACUAAGAUAUUCAAACGCCGCGCCGAGGAUAUUAGGAUGGA